GGACGAAUCGUUCAUUAUAAACCGAGACUUACACAAUAACACAUCUUUCAGCUGACAGACAGUUAUCGAAAUUCUUGUAAUAUUUUAAGGAACCCAGUACUCAAUGGGAGCUACACCCGCCAAGCCGCUUGGGGCGUCGGAGACCAAGGCUUUCUUGAACUUUAUGAAGUUUUUCAAAAAGGAGCAUACGGACCUUGAAAAAAGCGAGAUAGACAAAUGUGGGGCCGAUACAUGGGGGAAACUAAUGCCAGAUCAAAAGAAGCUCUUUGCGGUUAAGCCAGCAUCAGCAUUUGCCCGCCGCAAAAAAAAGACAGCUCCUAAAAAACCUCGGAAACCACGAAAGAACAAGUUCAUUGAGGAUUCCCGAAAACCGUCUCAGAGAGGUUCAAAGAAAAAAAAUAAUUUUAAGUCCAACCGGAAGACCUCAGUGCCGGCUAUGAGUAGUGCUUUCCUUGGUUUCAUGCGUGAGUUCCGAAGAAAUAAUUCAAAUAUGGGGACGCUGCUUUCACUCCAAAAAGGUACCAAAGAAUGGGUUAAACUAUCAAAGGACGAUCAAGAUCGAUACCGUAAAGAGCCCCAACAUCGGCGGAGUCAUGACGCAAAGUGCAGUAAAGACGAUUCUCAAACGGCGGCUUUAAGUAAUUGACCGAUUUUGUUUUUUACUCCAAAAUCGUAAAUUUAUCAGAAUAUUACCUUUUUAAAACCGACAAUAAAUACAGAACUUAUAGAAUAUA